AUAAAGUUUUGAACUUACUCAAAGCGGAUAGAUUUACAACAGACCGAAUGACUUCUUCACAAGCUGACCCUGUUACAUUCUUUAAAUGGUCUCAGUGAAAUAACCUUGUUGCUAGAUCGCAAACAAGUUUAAACAUUUCGCUGAUCUACUUGGUAACGUGCAGUCUUUGACGUAAGGUGUCACGCUAGCUCGCUAGUUAGCUUUAUCAACUUAUUUUAAUCGGUGACUGGGUGUUUUAAACAAGUGCCGGAUGAUAUUACUUAGAGAUUGUGUAUGCACUGGAUGUAAAUUAUCUUUUAUUUCAGUAUUCUUGGUCUAUUCUAACUGAGUUUUCCCUAUGGAAAAUAUUCUAAUGUCCAAAAACGUUAGCUGUGCAACCGUAUGUUAUUAGCAUUUCACGUUAACGGUCCCUAGCGAAGUUAGUCAACUUUGGAAGUAAGUUAGUUUGCAAGUGAGUCAUAAACGUUAUUGUUGGGUUGUCAUCGAAGUAACUCAUCUUAACUAACGUUACAUUCACCUCCGCAUCACGCUGACUGUCUCAAAUGAUUAACAACACUUCUCGUGACAUUUGACUUAAGUUUACAUCAUGUAGCUGAAUCCGAUGAGAAGCUAGCUAGCAGCUAGCUACCUCGCUGCUUAUAUUUACAUAAAGUUAAAAUGGUUUGCUAUUUAUGUAACUGUCGUAAAGAACUCUACCAAAAUCCCAUGCCCUCAGAAUUGGUCUAUGGCUGAGUUAUUAGAAGUGUUUAAAAUGCGAUCCUAUUUACAGCUGUGAGGGAAUCUUUGGAAAGUGUUGUCACACAUAUUUCAGGGGGCAGUCACUCACCUCAAAAGACCUCUGAGUCCUAUUCCCAUUAUUCAGGGAGAGCGAUUGUUUCAGUGUCAAGAUGUGCAGGUUACUAAAGUAUUGCAUCAGUCACUGCUUGUAUGCAGCAGUGACCAGGUUUAAGGAAGUUGUUAAAGAUGUAAGUAUGUGGACUUCUGUACGCUGUCUGGGUUACCUAUCCAAUGUCUGUCUGUUUGUGGCUAUAAGUCUUGGGCUUUAUUCUCGGUGGGAGAGGACUGCAGAAUCAAUUGUUCUGGUUAUAUUGAUUUUGGGGCUCUUUGUCCUUGGAAUAGCAAGUAUUUUUUAUUAUUAUUUCAGUAUGGAGGUUGUCAGCCUUAGCCUCUUCCAUAUCUGGUUUGGAUUUCUGCUCGGCCUUCUAUGUUUUCUCAAUAAUCCUUCCCCUGAGACAGAUGUUAAAGAGGACGCCACCGAUUACUUACUUGUGGCAAGUGUUGUCAUUUUUACUAUGUGGGCACUUUUGGAAAGAAUCUGUGGGAACACUAAAACCAAUUUCAUCUUCCUCACAUCUUAUGAAGUCCUGGAGCUGACUGGCUUCACUGUUGCGAGCACUACUAUGCUUAUUGAUCAAUCUGCAAGUGUUGGUGUUCUCUCGGUAGCACUGGGUGUGCUGCUUGUGGCACUCCGGACUAAGUCUUUCCUGGCCCUCCCUAAUACAAUCUGUUUUGUGGCCAUCAAUGCGACUGUGUUUUUUAAGUCUUUGAACAUGUCCACCAAUCCGUUUGCCUUGGCCUGUUUCUUUGUGCGCCUCGUCUGCCAGCCACUGCUGGAUGUCUACUUCAGUGGCCAGUCUGCCAUGGAGCGCUGGCAGCCACUGCUGCUGCGGGCCGGUGUGUGGCGCAGGCUCUCGCUGCUGCCAUUACUCCUGGUGGAGAUUGCCUUCUUUGUGCUGGCUGCUGUUAAGCUUGGACACCUGGAUCUGUGGUACCUGGUCAUCCCUGGAUUCUUUUUGUUUGGGUUGUUUUGGGUGAUCUGCCACGUGGUGUUAAUCGUCACGCUCUGGGGAUUCCAUAGCAAGCUGAGCGACUGUCAGAGAGUCCUCUCAGGACAGAGGUCAGACAUGAGCAGCCUGGACCGAGUCAUGGCGUCCAAAGGAAUGCGGCACUUCUGCCUCAUUUCACAGCGCUUGGUCAUCUUCAGCGUUGUGUCCACCAUUAUCCUUGGAGCUCUCUCAUGGCAGCCAUCCAACAGUCUGUACAUUAGUGUGCUUCUGCUGGUUUUGCCUCUGGAGUCCUUGGCACAUGGCCUCUUUCAUGAGCUUGGCAGCUGCCUUGGAGGGACUUCAGUGGGCUAUGCUGUUGUCAUCCCCACCAACUACUGCAGUCCAGAUGGCCAGCCCAUUCUCCUGCCCCCUGACCAGGUGCAAGCGCUGAACCUGCGCUCCACGGCCAUGCUGAACAACGCCCAGCGCUUCUUCUCCCACCACAUGAUGGAGACGUUUGGCUGCGACUACUCCAGCAGUGGCCUGACUCUGCAGGGCCUGCAGGCCAAGCUGUGCGCCUUCCUGGAGAGCACCACCGCCGACGGGCCGCGCCACGACACAUACGUGCUGUUCUACAGUGGACACACGCACUACAGCGGAGACUGGGCCCUCGCAGGGGGAGAGACCCUGCGGCUGGAGGAGAUUCUGGCCUUCUGGAGAGAGAGGAACAUGGGCAGCUGCUCUCGGUUGAUCCUGGUCCUGGACACGGAGAGCUCGUUGGCGUGGGUGAAGGCGGCGCGGCGGGUGGAGGACGUCUUCGUGGCGGUCCAGGGCGCAGAGCUCUCCCACAGCUCGGACGUGGAGGUGCAGGACGCGCCGCAGCUCGGGGACUUCACCGCCCAGUGGGUGGAGUUCAACUGUAACCCCGGCAGCGCCAUCCGCUGGACAGAAAGGGGCCGCGUGGUCAAGGCGGUCUACGGCCUCUCCAGGAACUGGGGGGACUACGAGCUUCACUUGCCCACUGGGAGUGAUGUGGCCAACCACUGGAGAGUGAACUUCCCACGGCUCACCUACCCAGUGGUGCAGCUGGCCCAUUGGUCCACCAGGCUGAAUCUCUUCUGGACUUGCAGCCUAUUUCUCAAGUGUCUCAGGAAGUUUAAACUGACCUGGUUUCCACCUGCUGUUCUGGACACUGGCCAAGGCUUCAAAUUGGUCAAAUCUUAGAGGAGGGUCUACAUUUUUGUUGACCAUCAGCCUUGCUCAUUGGAUAUAAUUUAAAAAGGGGUAAUCUUUCCAAAUUGUAUGUGGGUAUUGUAUAAUGCUUCUUUGUUUUUUUUAUCAGAUGAUGAACAUUUUUAUUUGAAAACAAUUUUUACUGUGUUUUCUUCAUAAAUUGUUUUCUUAGCAUUUGUUUCAAUGUUUAUGCGUCUUUUCACCCUUGACUCUCCUUACACUCCAGAUCUCAGCUCCAGCAAAUGUGGCUUGGAACUGGAAAUAAUUUUAAUUCCAGUUACAGAUAUUUCAUAGUCCAAAAAGAUGAUGACAAUUUCACUAUUUGGAAAGUUGGAAAAUGAGGUUACAGGAUUAUUCACACACAAAUGACUAUCACAUUCAAAAUAAUAUGCACUAAAAUGAUUUUGUGUUUAAGAUUAUUAUUUUGUGUACAUUAAACCCACAUAUAGCCCGCAGUUGAUGACAAACUACUGUACUUUUGUUUUCCCUGCUGUGUUAUCACCGAAGGAGAUACUUGAAAGUAGUUCUUGGAUAUGAGAUUUGGUUCAUUUGUGUUUCUGACACUCAACUAGAGCAAGAUACUAACAGCACCAAGGUCAUUGUUUCAAUGAGGAAGUUUAAUCAAAAUUCCACGCCAUGUUUUUCCUGUUUGUCAUUAAUAUUACAUAUACCAGCUGCUUGGUUACACGGUUAGUGUGGUCUGAAUGUGAGAAGUGUUACUGAUGAUUAUAACUUAAUACUGUGUGUGUUGUGUUUUGUCUGGAAUAUGAUGUAAAGAAGUUACUGCCAUUCACAAUUAUUGUAGUGAUCGGCUAAAGUGAUCUUUAGAUCUCUACAGCUAUGCACCGACUUCUGCCUAUCAUUGAAGUGCCUUAUAAUAUUAAAGCUUUAAUUGUGCUACAUC